UGGGGAAAUCAAUACACGACUGUUAUAAAUAGGUUAAUACGAUGCGUUCCGCGCGCAAAGUAUUUUUACACGUUUUCCAUCGCAUAUUAAAAAUUAUGGCUUCAUAUGAAUAUAACCAUUUCACCCCUAAUAUAAAAUUAAUAGUAUUGCUAUUAAUCAUCUCCGGUUGGGUGAGAUCCCAAGACAUGGAAUGUUCCGGCCCGACAGUUUGCAAUCAAGUAACACUAAUGCACACAGUCCAAAUCAAAACCCACUGUAUAUUCCUCAACAUCCUCUUCCGCAACAUGUCCGAAGAAAGCCUCUCCGCUGGCAUGUUUCGCCUAUGUCGGCCAACCGUCAUCUUAGACCUAUCCAACAACCGCAUUCGGGAUAUAAAAGCCGGCGCCUUUCUGGGACUCGUGUCUCUACGUCAGCUCUACCUCGCAAACAACCUCAUCGACCGCAUUGAACCGGGCACUUUCCACACGCUCACCAAUCUGGAAGUGUUCGUCCUGGCCGGGAAUCGCAUCAUCGAAGUGCCUGACUACGAAUUCACCAGCAGGGAAAUGCGUUUCUUCAACAUCAACAACAAUCAUAUCAAGCGUAUACCACAAACAGCACUACUCUACCUUCAAUCAGCUGAGUUGAUUGAUUUGUCGCUUAACGACUUGGAUUUUCUACAUCCUGUUACCUUAUCCAAUGUAAAAAGUGGUGUUAAACUAGUGUUAAACAAUAACCACCUACAGAAUCUUUCAAUGACGUUCAAUUCAACUUCGCUGGGCAAACAGUACUCCAUUUUGGAAGCUAGCGGAAAUCUCAUAACCUCACUAAACAACAAUACACUCGGCGAGUUUUACAAACUCCGAUUAAUUUCGAUAGAUUUAAGUUUUAAUUAUAUCUCAGACGUACAUGUAGAGACUUUUGACAAUUUCACCACUUUAAAUUCACUCUAUCUAAGUCACAAUCGCAUAAAAUCAAUCCACCCGGAGUUGUUCAGAAUGCUAAAAAGUCUCAGCUCUUUGGAUCUGUCAUACAAUCAGUUAACCAAUUCAAUAUUUGAUGUUAACUUGCCCGAUACCAUCACAGCUGUGAACUACAGCCACAAUCAAAUCAGUUAUUUCCGCGAAUAUCACUGGACAUCAAAGUUAAAACGCACUUACAUGUAUAUCGACGUGAGUAACAAUAGCAUACGUUAUUUGGACGCAAAUAGAUUCUGCAGAUUUAUGUACAAGAUAAACUUGGCGUAUAACCCAUGGGAUUGUAGUGUACUAUACUCGGUGAUUCACACUUUGGAAAUGAGAGGGGUGCAAGUCGAAUCGGGGAGUGAAUUUCGCAGUAAUAACGUUAAAGGUAUUCCAUGUGAAGUGGAUAAUAGUAAGCAACCAGUUAUACACAUAAACACUGACCACGCAAUUCAUGAUGCUGUUAAAAAUACAACCGAAACUAAACACACUCAUAAUAUAAACAGUAUUGCUCUGCGUUGUUUCGGCAGUAAUUUAAUUAUCGCCGCAUUGCAAGCACUUUCUUUCAGUCAAAUAUUUUGAUUUAUAUAGUAUGAUAUGAAUACAGUUGUAGUAAUAAAUUAUUUAGAAUUAAA